UCAGUGUUUGGUGUUUACUGUCGGUAGUUACAGUGGUUGUCGGUUAACUAUAUAUUUCUACUAAAAAGGCCACUUUCAGACAAGAAAAACAAUAAGUGUUCAAAUAAUUACGGAUGGCGGAUCCUGCGGUGUCGUCGGGAGGUCCACUGAAUGCAGGAGCGCGUGGCGGUGCUAAGGCGGUCUCCAGCCCAGCAGAGAACUAUCACCUGGCCCGACGCCGCACCCUACAGGUCGUUGUGAGUGCCCUGCUGACAGAGAGUGGUUUUGAAAGCGCUGAGAAGGCAGCAGUGGAAACCCUCACGGAGAUAAUGCAGAGCUAUAUAACUGAAAUAGGUCGCAGCGCUAAAGCUUAUUGCGAACACACGGCCAGGAGUGUCCCUACUCUGGCCGACACAGUGGCUACACUCAUUGAAAUGGGCCUCAGUGUGGAAACUCUGCCCGUGUAUGCCAAACGAUCACAGAGGAUGGUUAUCACCGCCCCUCCAGUGACAAACCCCCCUGUGAUUCCCAAAGCGCUGUCUGCUGGACGGAAGCGCACACAUCCGUGUUACAUCCCCAGCUAUUUCCCAGAGUUCCCAGACCCUCACACCUACAUCAAAACCCCCACAUUCAGAGAGCCUGUGUCAGAGUACCAAGUUGUGCGAGAGAAGGCAGCCACUCAGAGGAGAGACGUGGAGCGAGCAUUGACACGCUUCAUGGCCAAAACAGGAGAAACUCAGAGCUUCUUCAAAGAUGACAUCACUGCCUUCCCAUUGAUCGCUGCACGGCCAACUGCCAUCCCGUACCUCAACGCCCUCCUGCCCUCGGAGCUGGAACUGCAGGCUCUCGAGGAAACGGACUCCUCUGAGCAGGACGACCAGACGGACAGCGAUAACACAGCAGGAAACAUCAUCGCUGAUGAUCCGGGAGCUGACAAAGAGAACUCCAUGCUUCCAUCCAGCGGUGUUGUUCCCUCUGCAAAGGCCAGUGAGGAGAAUAUGAUUGACAACCCGUACCUCCGACCGGUGAAAAAACCCAAAGUGAGGAGGAAGAAAUGAAACAAAUCCCCAGCAGGACUUAACAGACAGCUGGCUCAGUGAUUGACAGCAGAAAGGCCCACAGUAAAACCCACCGUGUCAGCCGGCACCAGCAACUGCUUUUCCUCAUUGAUGGAGACUACUCUCAACUUUAGACAUAUAAAAGACUUCCAUUGAAGAAUACCUUUGUUUGAAUUGUACAUAAUUCUUUUUUAGCAAGUGUUGACUUUUUUUUUUUUUGGUUGAAAAUACUGUGUGUCUGGAAAGUA